UCUCUUUCUUAAUUCUCCAAAAGUUGUCAACUUUCUUUAGAUUUCUUCAACAAAACAUAUACAAAAAUGGCCAUCAGAAAAUCAAAUAAGUUGUCACAUGCUGCAAUUUUGAAGCAAAUUCUAAAAAGCUGUUCAAGUUUGGGAAUGAAGCAGGGAUACGAUGAUGAAUACCACCUUCCCAUUGACGUACCUAAAGGACAUUUUGCAGUGUACGUGGGAGAAAAUCGUACACGUUUCAUCGUACCUAUUUCAUUUUUGACCCUUCCCGAGUUUCAAAGCCUCCUUAGACAAGCUGAGGAGGAAUUUGGCUUCGAUCAUGACAUGGGAAUUACAAUUCCAUGCGACGAAUUCGUUUUUCGAUCACUAACUAAUUCCAUGCUCCGCUAGUGAAUGAAGUAUUUAAUACAAAGAAAUUAUAAGAGUGAAUAUUAGGUGUUGUGAAGAAGGACCGGCUAUCUCAAGAUGAAGCAAAUUUGGUGUUUUUUGCUUAUCUUUUUUGCUUAUCUUUUUUUUCUUUUCUUUUUCUAACAUCCAAUUUCUUCAUUCUAUUUAUUUUUAUUUAUUGGAUUUUAUUUCUUCUGAGGUUCUACUCUAAUGCUAUUACC